UCGACAUUAAACCGUUUCGCGUUUUAAUGAAUCCUAUAUUGUGAUCUUCACCUGCAUAAGGAAAGACAAGAACUGCAAAGCUUGACGUUUAGAAGUAUGACUGUUUUGUGCUUUUGCUUCUCUAAAAACUGUCGUCAAGACUUCACAUAAAAGCCUCUAUCCUCACAGGAAUGUAGUUUGGAGGGCGGAGACUCGCAACAACAUUACAUUCUGCAUCCAGAAACUGUGAAAUAUGGACACUGCCAUGAGAACAGCCGUGAUCGUUCGAGAUCAUUCAGCACUCUUCCCAACAGGAUCCGAGCACAGCGCGACGGCAGGAACGGAGCUGGAGAGGACGGAGAGCUGGAUGUAGUGUUUGUGCUCUGGAUCUGUAGGUCAUACACACGGCUGGAGUUUACGGUGAUCGUUUUGUAACGAGGGUUGUUCUUAGUUGAGACAUUGUUUUCUGCCUGGCUGGUUUCAGAGGACCAGGGGACCGCGAAACAUCUCUUAUAUCUGGGCCGGACGUGGAGAUAAAAGAGUUCAGCAUGAGGAAUAACGAGGAGACUGAGGGCUUUGAUGGCGAGGCCUCCAACACCUCCAUGAUUUCAGGAGCCAAUAGUCCGUAUCAGCCGACCACCGAGCCCGUGCACUCCAGAAACGUGUUCAGGUCCAUCAGGUGUGACCUGGACUAUAUCAAAUCACAUUUCGGUAUUUUAAAAGUUAUCGAAGUGGUCCUGGCUCUCAUUUCUUUCAUCUUCAUUGAGACCAUAAUGAUGUGCUCGCCCUGUGCCGGCGUCUACCUCUUUGAGUUUGUCAGCUGCAGUGCCUUCGUUGUCACAGGCGUCUUGCUCCUCAUCUUCAGCCUGAACCUGCACACCAAAGUGCCCCAUAUCAACUGGAGUCUAACAGAUCUGAUCAACACUGCCACCAGCACCUUGUUCUUCUUUCUGGCUUCAGUGGUUUUGGCAGCUCUCAACCAUCAAACUGGAGCAGAGAUCGCAGCUGUGAUUUUCGGGUUCCUGGUGACGGCUGUGUAUGGUCUAAACACAUUUUUGGCAGUACGGAGAUGGCGUCUCGGGGACUCGCGAGAUGGACCCCUGCAGACCAGCGAGUACAUCCGCGCCCGCACAGCCUCGCGGGGAGAGGUGGAGUCACGGCCUGAGCUACAGUAAAGUACACAUGCAGACCAGUGAAGACUGAGACGAGCAAAGCCUCGUCUGCAUUCCUGUCACAGUGUGCUCUUUCACAUCCUCGUGAUGAGAUCCUGACGAGCGGCCGUCAGGAGGAGCGCUUACAAACAAACAAUUGCGUGAACAGUCACAAAAUGGAACAACCCUCAGGCCAGCGUCUUCUGACUUUAUACUUAAAUACUGUAUAUUUCUGUUAACUAAGGGCUUUACCUUCUAAUGAUCUGGAUAAUUAUUGACUGAAACUCACUCCACUGUGCUCCUAAACUCCCAGCGGGGAAAGGUUUUAUUAAUAAAACGGACAAAACCUGUCAGUCACAGUUUGAAAAACCCCUUUCUAUUUAGCUUUGCAUUCCAUUUAGAAUGCAACUAUGCCUAAAAUGUCUUAUCAAGGAUCAAAAAUAACUAUACAGAAUGGAAUUAUGGAAAUGAAUGGUUGCUUAAUAGACUGACAUAAGUGAUCUUUCUGACUGUAAUGUUUUUUUUUUUUUUUUGUGUUCCUGUAUCAAACACAUCUAGUAAACUGCCGUUGCAUUGGGCUGUUUUUCUGUAGAGAUGAAGUGACUAGAUAUUAGGAGCACCAGUAUUUAUUUUAAUGUUAAUUAUUUUUUGUAAUACCACAGCUUUGGUAGCUACAUUGCAUCAAAUGUAGAAUUUCACCUCGUGAAUGUGACCCUGCAUUGCAACAGACAGUAACAGCUUUCAGAUUGUCUGUGUGGGUGAAGGGAGGUGGGAGUUUAUGAAACUUGUUAGUCUAAUCUUUAGACGAUACAAUUUUUAGUUACUAAAUCGUGUGUGCAUAGUCUGUUGGCCAUUUGUGUUAUUUGUAAUAUUUUCUCUACUCCACUGUGUACUCCAAGUUAUCUGUAUAUGUCGAUUUAAGCAAGGGUAGAGUUUUUGAAGAAGGUGUAUAUAUUACGUAUCUGUGUGUGACAUUUUACAUUUCUGAAGGUUUCCUAUUUGUAUGAAUUCUGACACUAAUAGGCUGUAUUUGAAGGAACAAGUGUACUGCAGUACAUAUGAAUGCAUUAGCUAAACUGUGUAUCUUUUUUCUGUGUGCCUUAAUCGUAGAGGCUUUAUUAGUCGAAACUCUUGGACACUAAUGUUACGAAAACAUUAGCAGAAUAACUGCUUCACUGGGUGUGAAAUUCAAACAUUUUAUUUGCACUCUCUGAUGAACUGAUCCGUGGUAAAAUCAUCCGUUUGCUGAAGUGCUUUAUUGACCUUCUAAUGGGUCUUUUUUAAAAAGAGUAUCAUAGAAUGGCAUCGGGGGGAAAUUAAAUAUAUCUUUUACCACAGAUUUUAAGGCAUAGUGCAAUUGUACAUGAAAUUUUUUUUUUUUUUUCGUUUCACUAGAAACUGCUCAUUUGUAAUAUUCAUUUAUAUAUUCAUACUUAUGUCUUAUUUUAAGUUGUUAAAUGAAGUCACUUUUGUGUUUUUGGAAUAAGACCAAUGUUGAAAUGAAGUCAUUUUGAGGUGUGGACUCACAUUAUAGACAUAUUGAGCGUGUUGAAAAUGUUAAAAGACAAUCACAAGAAUGAUUUUUGUCUUAAUGAAGGACUCUGCAUUAAAGUGCUGAAGUCACUGAUUAUUUUUCCUGUUUUGAAAGCAAUACCGUGUUGCUUAUGCUUUAAUAAUGUGUAAGAGCUUUCACUGUGCUUUGACUUUGUGCUGAACUUCUUACUGGAAGCUUUUAGCAUCAAAAUAAUUCCUGAUUUUUAACCUUAAGGUUUGAACUGUGUUUUCAGCUCCCAAAUCAUUGAAGUGUUUCAAAAGAAACUAAGUUGGUAUUUUGAUGAUGAUUGUAACGGUUUCUUGCUGACAUUUCCCGUAUUCAAGAAAGCAAUGUUUUAUUCCAUGUAACAGUGCUAUAAAUUGGUAUUUUUGUAUUUAUAGAGCUGUGCAUAGACUUACAAAAUGCUAAUUGUUUAAAAAUAUUUGUGAUGGCAAUCUUUUCCUCAAAUAAAUGGAUUCGGAUGGACUUGAUCU